AGCGGGACCACACAGCGGUUACACCACCCGGAACAGGGAGGAGUCGCUACUUAUUAUCGCGGAUAUCAACAAAAUCUCUGCACUUUGGUCUGAUUAAUCCUCGUCGUUGCAGAACAGGAUGAUUGACGUUCGGGCAUGGGCAGAGUAUGUGGUGGAGUGGGCUGCCAAAGACCCCUACGGUUUCCUCACCACUGUCAUACUGGCUCUCACACCUCUCUUCAUUGCCAGUGCACUGCUGUCCUGGAAACUGGCCAAGAUGAUCGAGGCACGUGACCGGGAACAGAAGAAGAAGCAGAAACGCCAGGAAAACAUAGCCAAGGCCAAGAGGACCAAGAAAGACUGAGCCUGUGAGGGUAGAAUGAGGGCAUAAAUAAGAGGAGCAACCACCACGCUCACAGCCCUCCUUAUUCCAAAUAAUGACACGGUGCCCUUCCUUGUCCCAGCCCUACUGUCAGCACAGGGCCACUACGCCUCAUGUCCGGGGUAGGAGGAGGGACACUGGCCCCACAGGCCUAACAGUGCUGAGACGGACAGUACUGCCUGGAGGAGGCUCGUCCCAGCGGGACUUUGGUCAGCAAGAGCACAGUGGUCAUCUGUAUGAUGUUUUUUUUUUUUAUACAGAGAUCCGCUGAUAAUAUUGUGCAGCUGUUGCAACACCUUGCAUUCCAUUGUUAGCAUCCAUGUUCAGCUGAAUUGACGAUGUAAUGAGCAUAUUGGAACUUUUUCCAAGUCACUUGCAAAAUAUCCAAAAUACUACUUUCUAAUCAAUAAAGUUUUCAUGGUUGAUAAGAAAAUCUAA